ACCAAAACAACAAAACAAAACCUAAUAAACUAAAAGCACAGAAGCAUGUCUUAUUUAUAGUAGAAAGUCUCCCCUUCACAAGUUUUUAACAUUUUUUAACUUACUAUUUCUUUCUUCUGCCUGGAUCCAGUAGGAAUAAAACAAAACAAGAGUGAAAAACACAUCUAUUGGGCUACAGGAUCAUAGAAAUUGGACAGAUCAGUACGAUGAGAAAGGCAUUACAACAGAGAUGUGCCAAUAGAAAAACAAGAAUAAUAGAAGAAUAUACUAAUUGAAAGGAGUAAGAUGGCUCACCUGUGUCAGAAGAUGCCAGAUAAGCUGGUGAACAGUUCAACAAGGAAAAAAAAAAAUCACCAAAAAGAGAUCCUUUGCCCAUGGCAGUCAGCCCUUAAAUGGGGUCUAAGAGAGGUGCAGCCAGGCACCACCCCUUCUGGUUAUAUGGCUAACUGCCUUCACCUGUGCUCCCGGGGCUGACUGGGUCCUUUCCCCAGAUGCUCAGUAGUUUGGGCCAUGACUCAGUAGUUCCCAUACAAGCAUCAUGCCUCAAAAGAACAAACAAAUGAGAAGAAAUAGAUUUUGAAGUUCCUAUUUCCAGUUCAUCGUGUAUAACUAUUGGUGAGAAUUUGGCCCACUAAUUUAACAUCUAUUUUACCAACUACUUUUUUGUGGCAUUUGCAUAAAUUGGUGGCUAAAACACAUUUUCAGAGGAUUUGUAUGAUGUGCAUGUAAUGUUAUAAUAUGACCCAAGAAUAUGUGAUACAUUGAAAAUGAAGGAUUGAGGCUCUCCCUUCUUCCCUCCCCUACCUUUUCACAUUUUCUUCUUUAACAUCAAGUCACAACUCUUGCCUCUCAACUGAAAAAGCCUUUCUCUUAACAGUGUUUUGUGAUUGAAUUUGAUAGUAAGUUUUUAAGUCAUUUAACUUGGCAUCAGGCCUGGCUCUGAGCCUUAGAAACCAGUAGGCAGCUAACAUCUAGUAUUGGUGCUGUUACAGUUUGAGAUAAAAGCAGGAGAGACUUGCAGUUUUCCAGCUAAAACAGCCGUGUUCUACUGUCAAAAUAAAAUAAAAUAAAAAGGUAAAAUAAUUGGUGUGGUAUGUAUUCUUGCAGCAUAUUUAAAUACCUACUAAGUGCUUUUUAGCAGUUUGUACUUUAUGUAAUAUCCACAGGAGCAAAACAGUGUUCUUUGCUGGUUGUUCCAUAUGAUUUAUUUUCUACCUCCCAGUAAAGCUUCUGGAUAGGUUUGGGGUUCAAAAUCUCUUCUGAAAUGAAGAAAGCAGUCAUUGCCUCCAACUAUAAACGCUCUAUUGCUUCUAUGGUAUUUAGGACACUGAAAGAAAAGAGCCCAUAGAAAAGGGCCAGGGUUUUUUAAUGUCAGCGCAAGAGAAUUUCAUCAGUUGUUUUACUUAAAAUCUUUGAAAAAUAAAGAAAAGCAAACAUUAUCUCAAUUAUAUAUACCUUAAUUUAAAAAAAAAAAAAAGGAAAAUUAUUCUGCAGUUUCUCCAAAAUUGUGUAAAUAUUGUGCAAGAAUCACUAGUAAACUAACAUAAACAGCAGAGCAAGUUCAAGUUUCUAUCUAACUUUAGCUUACUAGCGAUAUUUACUUUGAGAAGAUCCAACAAGGGCUAGUUUUGUGUCCUAAGUAUGCAGCCAACAACAUCUGGGUGGGCAGCUAAGCCAGGGCAUGGUAAGAUUUCAGGCCAGAAAAAUGCAAAAUCCAACAUGUAACUUCACCAACUCACCAGCAAAUUUCCCUAAAAAAUUAAGUGCUGUUGAUAAUUACAAAACAAAAAGCAUGCAACAAAUUACUGAUCCAUCUGUUGCACUGAACUGUAAUUGCCUAAGCAAAGGUGGAUGCUGCUUUUUUUCUGAAUAGAACAAGCAUCUCGAAAUGUCACUGUAAUUCUUGUCACGGUCAUCUUUCAUUUAACGUUGGAUGAACUACUAAAGUCUCUCAGGCAAUAGUUUAGAACUGCCUACAGUAUUCUUCUUUGAUUUUGCCUCUUUUACUACUGCUUAAAAAGACUCUUAGUUUUGUUUCUCCUGACCUCACACAAAGCUUUUGUAGUAUUUUGUACAAGUUCAAUAUCGAAGUCUUUCUUUGGGGAAAAAAAAGGAGGCUGAAUUUGGACCUUCACAUUGCCAAAGAAACAACAGCGUAGUAGCAAGACACAGGCACUGUCAAAGCAUUUAAAGUUGGAAUUCUUCAGAGACCCUUGUAAGAGCGAGAAAAGAAAAAUAACUUGAUGUUACUGUACCCUGUGGGACUUCAUUUUUGUUUAAAAUCAGAAAAUAUUAUUCUUGAAGAAACAGCAUAUUGAUUUGUAUAAUCUCUGAUUUAUCAAUCACUCUUUUAUCAAUUGAAAGUGAAUGGUAUACUUCCUGUGUCAGGGAAGCCUUCAGAGAAAUGGAUCUUCUGACAGACUGCAGACAUCAAAUCUUAUUUGUAAAAUGUUUUGUCAAGAAACAUGGGGCAUGUUAGUAGGGACUAGUUACAGUUUUCUGCCAGGACUACAAAAUGUGUGGCCAUAAUAAACUACACAAAACAAAGAUUUUGAAAGGUACACAGGGCAACUGCAUCACAGCGUCUCAUAGUGAUAGGAAAAAAAAAUACUGCAAAAGUAAAACUGCAAGACAACAGCUAAGAAAGCCUUCAGUAUAGAAGGUAUUGAUCAAAGGGAACAAGGCAGAGACCUGUUUUUCAGAUUGCUGACUACAAGGGAGGGCGGCAUUCUAAGCCAAAAGUAGUUCUUUCUUGAAGCAGAACAGUUGAUUCAACACUUGAAUCAAGAUCAGAAUUUAUUUUUGUAACUCUGCCUCCCAAGACCCAGAAUCUAUAGUCUAGACUAAGUUUUGUUCCACUGUUGUUCAUUAUGACUGAUUGUUCCUGUAUUUCUUUUUAGCUCUGCAUUGCAGCCUGUGAAAUCAUCAGAAAAAUACUAACUGUGUCCACAGCACACACCUUUCUUUCUGAAAAUGAAUAACCAAGGUAUCACCUGAGGUACUGUCCCCGUGUUCAUUUACAUUUGUACCCUCCUCAGAAAGGACUUAGGCUUCAGUGUUUGGUUUGUAGUUGUCUCACCCUCUAGUGGCAGAGAGGCCUUAGUUCUCACGGAGUAAGAAAUAGGAGAUUUUUUUUCCUUCCAGCCGACUGUGCUCAAUUGCCUAUUUAAAGCAAAGAACGUAGAAAUUGUUCUAUUUUUUUUACAUAAAGCUGCAGAUCAUUGUCUUCAAUAUGUGUUCGUCACUUCUAAUGGAGCAAUGCAAAAUACACUGUCCUGCAGGCACCGAGAUGAUUAAAAAGGUGUUAAUGAAGGGUAGCUGUGUGCUCAGAUGUACUUCUUCAGUUAUGAGAAUGACUGCUAUUCAAACCUUCCUAGGCAACCACCAUUAGUGGAAAUAUUAUGCCACUGCCUGAAGAGUCUAAUAGAGAGGGAACCUCUGCUUUCCUCUAAAAACUCAAAUUCCUUAUCCAAUUAUCAUUUAAUAGCAGAAGACGGUUUUUUAUCUUGAUCUUCAGGAAAACAAAGUAUAUUUUUUAUGAAAAUAGAAUGCUGGCCAAAUACUAGAUGAAAAUUUAAUGUAUUCUAUCCAGCUUUUGAAAGAAAAAAAAAAACAAACAAAAAACUCCACAGUUUUGAAUAGCUUUAUCUCCCAGAGUAAUUGAUCUGGAGCUUUACAGGAUUAGACCCUUUUUAAAAAAUGAAUUAAAUCCUGACUGAUUUCUGUUGGAAAUAGUUUUUAAUGCUUUUUUAUGUGUACGGUCAGACUGAAAGGGAACUGGGACACUGCUUUAUUCAAAGAAAAUACAUGGCAUUGCCAGUAUUUAGUUACAUGCAGCCACUGGCAGAUUGGAGAACUCUGGAGAUUACCUAUCAUUUCACAGUUAGUUUCAAGAAUAAUUUAUUCUACUAAGAAUCAUAGAAUCAUUAAGGUUGGAAAAAAAACACUAAGUUCAUCUAGUUCAACCAUCAACCCAUUACCACCAUGCACACUAAGCUGUGUCCCUUGAUGCCACAUUUAGUUCCUUGAAUGCCUCUGUGGACAGUGACUGCCAUCUCCCAGUGCAGCCUGUUCCAAUGCCUAACCACUCCUUCUGAGAAUAAAUUGUUCCUAGUAUCCAACCUGAACUUCUCCAUACUGAAAGAUCUCAGUGCCCUCAAGAAGAACGUAUUCUGUCUGUUUUGCUCCAGCUCAAGAGAGCCAAGGGCCUCCAGCACCAAUGCUCCAUUCAUUAAAACACAUCAAGAGGGCAAUGUAUGGCUAAUGUAAGAGCUCCACUAGCAGCAAAGACUACCCAGCAGCUCACUGCAAUGCAGUCUGAAAAUGGAACACUAGAUUAGGAUAAGAAAUCUGAUCAUGCUUCUCUAAUCAAACAUCCAUAUGCCAAGAUGAAGAUGGCAACAUCCUGUUAAACCUGAACCAGAAAUUGGCAAGCAGGCUUCUUGCUUUCAAAGAGGUGCUGCUGAAUUAGCUCUAGAAAGGUUCACAGCUGGAAACAAACUUCCCACAGAAACGUGACCAAAAAAGUUAUUAAUGAAAAAGUCUUCCUUGCGGAAAUUAUAGAUAUCUGUCUGCCUCUUGGUUUAGGUAGCAUAAACAUCUGGGAUCAUAUUUUCUUAAUUAACAAGUACAUCACUGUUAGCCAACAGUCACCUCUCUGUGAGGUCACCGUGAUGCAGCACGGUCACCACGGUGACGUCUGUGAACACCCCGACCCACUGCCCACUCCUCACACCACUGGUGCCAUUGCGCUCCAUCCUGCUGCUGGCAGGACAAAUCUUAUCAGCUGGAGGAAAGUGGAAAGGCAUUUCUGAGCGAAAAAUUAAUAAUUAAAGUAAUAAUUAAAUACUUAAUAAUUAAAAUGGAGAUGUCUUUGUCAGAAACAUCAAAUGUUUCUGUUCUGGACAUUGGCUCAGCAGCCUCAGCUUCUUCUGUCCUUCAAGUAUGUGGUGAAGGAGUUGCUCGGGAUGCUGCCUUAGGAGAGGCACGAGAAGCAAACACUUCUCAGGGCUCUCAGGAGGCAUCCCGUGCUAAAAGACCACGGCAUCAUCUGUCCACAAAGGGCUCUCGCAAAGCCACUGACUUGUCAUCUUCCUUUCUGAAAAAACUCUGGGAAAUUGUUGAAAACAGUUGCUUUCAGUCCAUUUGUUGGGCCAACGACGGAAACUCUAUAGUGAUUGAAGAAGCAUCCUUCGAAAGGGAAGUGCUGGCAAGGAGAGGAUGUCUGCAAUUUUCUGACAUUGACAGCAUGAAAACUUUCAUUCGUCAGCUUCAUCUUCACGGAUUUUUCAUUAUAGAAGGAGAUUUGCCAAGAUCUGCUUCACAUGUUGAUGAAACAGCAGAUCCCAAUAAUAGCAAGUUUCUCUACUACUAUAACCCCAACUUCAAGAAAGAGUACCCAUUUCUGCAAAGAUGGUCCAAGCAAAGCGCUGGCGUACGAAGGAGAGCAUCAGCUGCAUUCCCACCAGAGCUGGAUUUGGAGGACGGCCCCCUGAGCAGCCCUCCAAGGAGACGGCGAGGCCCUGCAGCAUCAGCGGGCACUGAGCCUGCUGGUAGCAACCAGGAUGCUGCUCCUGCUGCAGCUGCUGCUCCUCCAUAUCACACUGAAUCUCCUGAACCAAAUGGUCCUUCUCCACCAGGGCUGGGACCAGACAGCGGAGCUGGAGGCGACGGACUUGGACAUUAG